GCGUGCCAAACCAAACCAAAUUACAGAUCCAUAUGGAGAUCCAUACGGAUGUAGCUAAACACGAGUGCGAAAUUUGUCACAAGAAAUUCAAAGUGGAAUAUUAUCUCCGUAUCCAUAAAUUACUGAACCAUAAAAAAGAAGUGCUGGGCAUCGAGGAAACAUUUCAGUGCGAGAUUUGCGGUAGAAAGUUUACUUUCGAAAAAAGCUUCAAACGCCAUUUGAGCUGCAUUCACAAGGUGGGAAAGGAUAUGUCAGUUGAAUGCUCGGUAUGUAAAAAGGUUAUAUCUAACAGACAAACCUUGAAAAAACACAUGAGGACUCAUACGAGUGAAAAGGCGUUUUCCUGUGAAACGUGCGGAAAAGGAUUUUCUCUGAACACGUAUUUGAUCAGACACCAAAAGGUGCAUUUGAGAGAGAAUGGAUUUAAAAGAAAAAAUGCGUCUAAAAAGGAAGGUACAACAACGAAAAAAGUGAGAAAAUCUACCAGGGAACCUAAACUCAGAAUUAAGAGGGAGAAAAAGGAAGUAUCUCAGAAACUAACCCGGAAUCAGAAAGCCAACAUGUGGACAUGCAAGUUCUGUUUGGAUACGUUCGGUUCUCGAAAAGAUAUGUUCAAACAUAGAAAAGAACAUAUUGCAGAUGCCAAGGGGAAGCAACGGGGAACCGAAUGUCAGGAUCUGGAAGAAAUCGAAAAACACGUAGAAACGCACGAGGAAAAAUUCAACUGCUACGUGUGCAAGGAAGACUUAUUCGGUCCAAUAAACUACUCAGUCCACGUGCAAAAGCAUCGGGACGACAAGCUUUAUCCCUGUCCCUGGUGCCAGUACGUGUCACAGAAAAAAGGAAGCUAUAAAGCAUACCGGGAGAAGCCUUACUCUUGCGUUUACUGUAGUAAAAGUUUUAUAAAACGAGAUUAUUUGAUUAUGCACGAGCGGAUUCAUUCGGGCGAGAAACCUUACAGUUGUGAAAUAUGUGGAAAAUGUUUCAAUCAAGGUGCUCCGUUGAGAAUACAUAUCAGAAGUCAUACAGGGGAAAGACCUUAUAUAUGUCCGUACUGUGGGAGCGGAUGUGUAUCUCGUGGAGCUCUUAAUAGUCACAUUAAAAGUUGUGUCAAUACAACACAAACACUACUCAGCUUCAAAGAACACGAGAUUGUUCAUUUGAACAUUAAACCUUUCGAGUGCGUCGUUUACAGUAAACAUUUUUACUACUCCAGAUAUUUGUUUUCCCAUCAAACCCGAACGCAUACGGUCAGAGUGUACGAUCCAGAAUCAAAAACACAAUGUAACGUUUGCCAGAAAAUUUUCGCUCGGCUGGACACAUUAGAAAAACAUUAUUCUUCCAAACAUUUGAAUGUUCGGACUGGUCCUUACGAAAAGAAACAUCUUUGCGAUGUUUGCGGACAGGGAUUCUCCAGGCCCGAUAAAUUAAAAAUCCAUUAUAGAAAGCAUACCGGGGAAAAACCAUACUCUUGCGUUUAUUGUAGUAAAAGUUUUAUAAAACGAGAUUAUUUGAUUAUGCACGAGCGGAUUCAUUCGGGCGAGAAACCUUACAGCUGUGAAAUAUGUGGAAAAUGUUUCAAUCAAGGUGCUCCGUUGAGAAUACAUAUCAGAAGUCAUACCGGGGAAAGACCUUAUAUAUGUCCGUACUGUGGGAGCGGCUGUGUAUCUCGUGGAGCUCUUAAUAGCCACAUUAAAAGUUGUGUCAAUACAACACAAACAUAGAUUUAGCAUCUCUGGGUUUAAUUUCUGGAAUCAAAAUGGGUUGAUGUUUGCUAAUCAUCACUGUGCUAAGUAAACUUUUUUUUUAAAAAACACAACAUUUCUUUUCAAUAAUAAA